UCUGUUUAUCAAGUUAUCUUUGCUUUCUUCCUCAGUUGUGUGUUGAACUUGAUCAGAUUAAUUAAGAUGGGAAGGCAGCCAUGCUGUGACAAAGUUGGGUUGAAGAAAGGGCCAUGGACUGCAGAGGAAGAUAAGAAGCUCAUCAAUUUCAUCCUCACCAAUGGCCAAUGCUGCUGGAGAGCUGUUCCUAAGCUCGCAGGAUUAUUAAGGUGUGGGAAGAGUUGCAGGCUAAGAUGGACAAACUACCUCAGGCCAGACCUAAAGAGAGGCCUUUUGUCUGAAUAUGAAGAGAAAAUGGUGAUUGAUCUUCAUGCUCAGCUUGGCAACAGAUGGUCUAAGAUUGCAUCUCAUCUCCCUGGAAGAACUGAUAAUGAGAUCAAAAACCAUUGGAAUACUCACAUCAAGAAGAAACUCAAGAAAAUGGGCAUUGACCCUCAAACCCACAAGCCACUCUCCACAAUUGAACAACCCCAGCAGCAGCAAGAACAAAAACAACAAUGUUCCAUGACCAAAGCAGAGGAAGAAGACAAAAGCAAGGAACCUGAGACAUCCUUACAAUUCACCAAUAUUACUGAAGCCAAAGAGGAAGACAAAAGCCUACCCUUUGACACAAUGGAAAUCAUGAACAAUGGAUUCUGCAUAGAUGAGGUUCCAUUGAUUGAGCCCCAUGAGUUAUUGGUCCCUAAUUCUGCACCAUCAUCAUCAUACUCCAAUUCCUCUGAUUCCUCCAAGUUCCUUGAAGAUAUUCAACUUCCUGAUUUUGAGUGGUCAUGUGGAUUGUGGGCUGAGGAUUUUAGCAAUUGGGAUUUCCUAAUCCGUGAUGAUAGUUCUCAAGAAACCAAUGUUGUUGAUCAUACUUUUUCCCUCAGUCAGUGCUCAAGAAUGGUUUUGGAUAAUCAAGAUUCUUGGACAUAUGGGCUCUUGUGAGGUUUUGAUAUUUUAAUUUCAUGUGGUAUACAAGAAAAAAGAAAAGAAAGAUUCGAGAGAAUCUCAUUUCUACUAUGAUUUGUUUUUGUAUAUGAUGGAUGUCGUUGCUUUGAUUAGGGUAGUAAAUUUAAUGUAUUGUGCGUUCCAUUUUGUGUAUCUAAUAAUAAUAAAGGGAUUUGUAAGAU